CGCCGCUGUCCCGGAGCGUCUUGCCCCGCACCACCCCCCGCCGCCCGACCACGCGUUCCCGCACACUCGCGCCUUUCCCCUGAGACGGCGGACGCCGCACGAUUGGGGGGCAACUUGCCAUUUCCCUUUUUUAUUAAAAUUAUUUUUCCUGCUUAUUUUUUUUUGGGGGGGGAGGGAGGAUUUUUGUUUUGUUUACGAUUUUUGUUUGAGAAAAACCCACCGAAGGAGUUUGCGUGACAUUCCGGGAUUCAGGAGCGGAGACCACCGAGGCAGGCAGGCAGGCAGGCGGGCGGGCGGACGCGCCGGGCGGUGCACCGCGAAGGACAAAAGGCGCCCAGUGUUGCUCGAAGCAUCUGCUCCCUCCCGGCGCCCAGCAUGAAGAAAGCCGAAGUGGGAAGAUUCAGUAUUUCCCCGGAUGAGGACAGCAGCAGUUACAGUUCCAACAGCGACUUCAACUACUCCUACCCCACCAAGCAAGCUGCUCUGAAAAGCCAUUAUGUAGAUGUAGAUCCUGAAAACCAGAACUUUUUACUUGAAUCGAAUUUGGGGAAAAAGAAGUAUGAAACGGACUUUCAUCCAGGUACUACUUCCUUUGGAAUGUCAGUAUUUAAUCUGAGCAAUGCGAUUGUGGGCAGUGGAAUCCUUGGGCUUUCUUAUGCCAUGGCUAAUACUGGAAUUGCUCUGUUUAUAAUUCUCUUGACAUUUGUGUCAAUAUUUUCCCUGUAUUCUGUUCAUCUCCUUUUGAAGACUGCCAAUGAAGGAGGGUCUUUAUCAUAUGAACAGUUGGGACACAAGGCAUUUGGAAUGGUUGGAAAGCUUGCAGCCUCUGGAUCGAUUACAAUGCAAAAUAUUGGAGCUAUGUCAAGCUACCUCUUCAUAGUGAAAUAUGAGUUACCUUUGGUGAUCAAGGCAUUAAUGAACAUUGAAGAUACAACUGGACAGUGGUAUCUGAACGGUGACUAUUUGGUUCUACUGGUGUCGUUGCUGCUCAUUCUUCCUUUAUCACUGCUGAAAAAUUUAGGAUAUUUGGGAUAUACCAGUGGCCUUUCCUUAUUGUGUAUGCUCUUCUUUCUGAUUGUGGUGAUUUGCAAGAAAUUUGAGAUUGCUUGUCCUUUUGAAGAUGCAGUAAACAUAAAUAGCACCUUCAUAGAGCCAACAGCUUUAGUACCUCAUAUGGCAUUUAACACGACUGAUGAUACUUGCAGACCGCAUUAUUUUUUCUUCAACUCACAGACCGUGUAUGCUGUCCCAAUUCUGACUUUUUCAUUUGUUUGUCAUCCUGCUAUUCUUCCCAUUUAUGAAGAGCUGAAAGACCGCAGCCGUAGAAGGAUGAUGAAUGUAUCCAAGAUUUCAUUUUUUGCUAUGUUUCUCAUGUACCUGUUUGCUGCCCUUUUUGGAUACUUGACAUUUUAUGAAAAAGUUGAGUCAGAAUUGCUUCACACAUACUCUAAAGUCUUGGGAACUGAUAUCCUUCUUCUCAUUGUCCGUUUGGCUGUGUUAAUGGCUGUCACCCUGACAGUUCCAGUGGUAAUUUUCCCAAUCCGGAGUUCCAUAACUCAGUUGUUUUGUCCAACAAAAGAUUUCACUUGGUGGCGUCAUGGUCUCAUUACAGUGUCCAUCUUGGCAUUUACCAAUUUGCUUGUCAUCUUUGUCCCAACUAUUAGAGAUAUCUUUGGUUUCAUUGGUGCAUCUGCAGCUGCUAUGUUGAUUUUUAUUCUUCCGUCUGCCUUCUAUAUCAAGUUAGUUAAGAAAGAGUCUAUGAAAUCUGUGCAAAAGAUUGGGGCUUUGUUCUUCCUGUUGAGUGGCUUCGUGGUGAUGAUCGGAAGCAUGGUGUUGAUCAUCCUGGAUUGGGUACACAAUGCCCAUUAACUGGCACUACUAAAACUUCAAUAGUCCAUUUGAUGCCAGUGUUGAGACAACUCUCAACUAAUAUGAAAUUUCACCUAAUGUUUUCAGUGUCACUUCCUUUUGAAGUGCAGAUUCCUCGCUGGUUCUUCUGAGUGCAGAAUAAGUGAACUCUUUUUUUUUUUUUUUUGUUUUUUGU